AUGGAAGAUCUGCCUGCGUUUGAGUUGCUGGAAACUUUACUCUAUGAGCCGCAAUCAGGCUUUUACUUGUUGUCAUACCAUCUUGAACGACUCAUUGAAGCAGCAAAAUAUUUCAUAAAAUACACGAAUAGCGACAACUUUCAAGCCUGUCUUAAGUCUGACUUUCUUAAUGUCGUUGAGACAGAAUUAGAAAGAGCCGUUGAAGCCUGUGAUCGUGAUAAUUUUCAACGAGUUAGGCUAACAGUUGCCUUCGAUGGUGCGACGCGUGCAACAAGCGUUGUAAUAAAUCCAAACGUCAAUCAACCGGGUCGAUUGUACGUAAGCCUGGAUAAUGUUCCUACCUCGACGAUGAAUAAUCCGUUUGUCCUUCAUAAGACAACGCAUCGAAGUGUUUAUGAAAGUGCAAAACGACGCGUUGUCAGUAGAUUUCCUUCUUUGCCAAUAUUUGACGUUGUUAUUUACAACGAACAGGAUCAAGUGACAGAAUGUUCUAUAGCAAACAUUGCUGUCGAGUAUCACGAAGACGGGAAAUCUGUUUGGAAGACACCCGCCGUUGAAUGUGGCUUAUUGCCGGGAGUUAUGAGGAGGCUUUUGAUAGAGAAGGGAGAAUUGAUUCCUGCAACUAUCAGUGUAGAAGAUCUGAAGCGAGCCCAGAAG